UGAUCCUAUUUUUUCUGCUUUAUUUUCUCAAAUUUUUCAAAAAUUCAAUAUUUUCUCCUCCUCCUCCUCCUCUCUCACACAAGCGAUUUUAAAAAUGUCAGAAUCUUCAUCAACCCAUCAUGACUCACCACCACCUCCGACGAACAACGCCGAUUCAGAAACCAACACCGUAACAAACGAUUCAGAAUCCAACACAAAAUGUCAAACAGCGAUCCAAUCCUUAGCCACGAUCGUCACAACAAACAUCCCAUCCACAAUCUCUGCCCUCCUCGACGACGAACCCGUAUCCACCGCGAUCUCCUCUCUUCUCCAACGUCCAGACUCAGGCGCCGGAGACAACAACCUCUGCCGUUGGCUCUACGAUACGUUCCAAUCCUCGGAGCCUUCGCUACAGCUCCUCGUUCUCCGAUUCGUUCCUUUGAUCGCUGGUCUCUACCUCUCUCGUGUCCCUCUCCGUCAGCCGCAAGCUGGAUUUGAAGCCGUGUUGCUCGCUCUCUACGCUCACGAAACAACCUCACGCGCCGGUCAAGCGAUCACCGUAAACAUCCCUGAUCUCUCGCAUCCCAGUAUUUACCACGAGUCCACCAAAGGUCUGACGAAGAACAACAACAACAACUCGACGUGCCUCAACAUCGCUGUGCUCUCCUCCACGUUGGAUCCACACGGGACGGUUAGAUCCACGCGCCGCGCUAGGAUCGUCGGUGUCGCGUUGGAGCUUUACUACAAUUGA